UCUUUCCUUUAACACGCAAAGAGAACAUAACACACACAUCCCACAUGCCCCAUUCCUUCUCUCUCUCUCUACAAUACAAAGCAAAGUGACACACCUUUUUUUACUAAUUCAAAUCUACCCAUGAAAUACUUGUACUAAUAGCACCGAACAACAAACCCAUUCAUUCAUUCAUUCAUUAAGUUAGUCAAUUAUUCUUUCCAUUUCAUUUUAUAGAUCCCAAAGUGUUACCUACUUUGUUUUUCUCAUACAAAUCCUGCCCCUCUCUGUUAACGAGUUGGGUAGGUAGGAAGAUCUUUCAGUGCUCAAUUUUAUACAUACAUACAUACAUACACAGUUUGUUUUAGCUGAUUUUGAAAAUAAUAUUGGAUAUGGAGAGUGAGAAGAAAUCGUCCGUAUCGGACGUAGGGGCAUGGGCGAUGAAUGUUGUUAGUUCUGUGGGAAUUAUUAUGGCUAAUAAACAACUUAUGUCUGCCAAUGGUUAUUCUUUCACCUUCGCUACAACAUUGACUGGGUUCCACUUUGCUGUGACGGCACUUGUUGGGAUGGUGUCAAAUGCCACGGGGCUUUCUGCAUCAAAGCACGUACCUUUGUGGGAACUUAUCUGGUUCUCAGUUGUUGCGAACAUGUCUAUCACAGGGAUGAACUUAAGUCUCAUGCUCAAUUCAGUUGGAUUUUACCAAAUCUCAAAGUUGAGCAUGAUUCCAGUGGUUUGCGUGAUGGAAUGGAUCCUUCAUAAUAAGCGUUACUCGAAGGAGGUUAAAAUGUCUGUUGUGGUUGUCGUUAUCGGUGUGGGUGUUUGCACAGUAACUGAUGUCAAGGUUAAUGCCAAAGGUUUUAUUUGUGCUUGUGUUGCAGUUCUGUCAACAUCGUUGCAGCAAAUUUCAAUAGGCUCAUUGCAGAAAAAGUACUCAAUUGGAUCCUUUGAACUAUUGAGCAAAACAGCUCCAAUUCAAGCUUGCUCCCUCCUUGUGCUGGGUCCUUUUUGCGACUACUAUCUUAGUGGAAAUCUAUUACUAGACUACAAGUAUACUUCUGGUGCCAUUUUCUUUAUACUCCUCUCGUGUUCGUUAGCUGUCUUCUGCAACGUGAGUCAGUAUCUCUGCAUUGGGCGAUUCUCUGCAGUCUCUUUCCAGGUUCUAGGCCACAUGAAAACCGUGUGUGUCCUGACUUUGGGAUGGCUGCUCUUCGAUUCUGCCUUGACUCUCAAGAACAUCAUGGGAAUGCUUGUUGCAGUCGCGGGCAUGGUGAUCUACAGUUGGGCUGUGGAGGUUGAAAAACAGACUAACACCAAGAGUCCCCAUGCUGCCAAAAACAGCUUGACAGAAGAGGAGCUGAGAUUAUUGAAGGAGGGAAUGGAGAAGGCGGAUGUCGAAGUCGGUCAGUCCAAGGCCUAAAUUUUGAGGUCUCUGUUGUUAGCCAUCAUCACAUAAUAUAGCUUCUUUUGGAUCAAAUUUGCAUGUAGUUUAUGAUAUUUGUUGCUUUAUUCAUUGGAUCUCCUACCAUUUGGUCCCAAUUUGGUGACCUUGAAUUGUUUUUUUGAAUAGUUUAAUGAAAUGUUUUGUUCCCUAUCCAAA